AUGCAUUACAUUCGUUUCCUCAAGACGCCCAAAGUGCACGUGGAAAAGAGCCCCGUGCUGCUCAAAGCCGUCGUCACACUCACCACCGAUCUAGGCGAGACCUUCCUCCCGACUGACCUGCACUUGGUCGUCACCCUUCGAGACGCAGAAGAAGAUGGCGAGACAUAUCUGCGAAAGAAGAUCCAAUGGCAGGCUGGUGCACGAGCAGCGAACAUAGCCUUGGACGUGUCGCGGCAAGACAUUGACUGGCCGGCAUGCGUACAUGUCGAAGCAAAAGAGGCGAGGAAAACAAAACCACACAGCUUUCUCCCUCCGAUCGUGGACGUCUGGAGUGGCACACUUGAUCCCACCAAAGGCCACUUCGAAUCAGGUCAUCGAGUCGAGAGGAGGUUCACGUCCUUGGCCGAGCGGUCGCUGUCACUGCUGGAAGACGCUGGAGACAGUAUCGCAAGGCACUUGUGGGACGGCAGCCAGGCACUGGCACAACACAUCGAUCACAUCCUCUCGCUCGAGAAUCCUGCCACACUGCCCCUGCUGGAAUAUGUCAUCAUCUCUGCGACAUAUCGGAGACUGAAUGUCAUUGAGCUUGGCGCCGGCUGUGGGACAGUUGGCAUCAGCGUAGCUCAGGCAAUGCCAGACGCCGACGUUCUUCUGACAGACCUGCCGGAGGUGACGGAGCUUAUCAAUGCCAACAUUGCUCGCAUGAAGCCCGCCAUGUCAUCUCGAGUGCACUUUCAACCGCUGGACUGGCUGGCACAGCUACCCGAGAAGCUCCAGACACGAAAGAACGACCUCAUCAUUGUGUCUGAAUGUACAUACAACACCGACACCCUGGAACCUCUCGUCGGCAUGCUCGUCAAUCUAGUGAAUAGAUCGCCAAAAGCCGUCAUCGUCGUGUCAACGAAGACCAGGCACGAUAGCGAGGCAGCCUUUUUCGAUCUGAUGAGAAACGCGGGCUUGAUCGAGGAGGGCAGCAUGAGAUUGCCGCUGCCUGGAGAGCCUGGAACAGGAUACGCUGAUUGGGCCACUGAUGUCGGUAUGCACAUCUUCAGAGGCAAAGAUCACAGGCUUAGUCUGAGUCCGAGAAGUGGCAGUGAAGAAGAGGUGCCUAAAGCCCAGGUGUCGAAACGAAGUGAACCGCGAUGA